GAAGAAGAAACAAAAAUGGGCUUGGGGAAUGAAAAAGCAAACAGGCGGUGAGGAAGGCGAGGAGAAGACCUACUCUCUCUCUCUCUCUCAACUGCGCUUGGUUCUCCUUUUUCUUCUCUAACCACAAACCUUCUCUACUCUUCUACCGUUUCCUUCUUUCUCUAGUUUCCUCUUUUAAUUAAUAAUAAUAAUAAUAAAAAGAACAAAACUGUUAGAUGGAUAGGUACCAGAGAGUAGAGAAGGCAAAGGCAGACACCCCAAUAAACGAGAAUGAAAUUCGAAUCACUACACAAGGCAGGAUGCGCAAUUACAUCACUUACGCCACCACUCUCCUCCUGGAGAAAGGAUCCGAUGAAAUAGUUCUUAAAGCUAUGGGCAGAGCUAUUAAUAAGACGGUGAUGAUUGCUGAGUUAAUUAAGAGGAGAGUUGUUGGUCUUCAUCAGAACACUUCCAUUACAUCAACUGAUAUUACUGACACGUGGGAGCCUCUCGAAGAAGGCCUUCUUCCCCUGGAGACUACACGGCAUGUUUCAAUGCUCACUAUUACCUUCUCUAAGAAGGAACUCGAUACGUCCUCCACUGGGUAUCAGCCUCCUCUUCCAGUUGAUCAAGUGAAGCCAUUGAAUGAAUUUGAAGAUGAAGGAGAAGGCUCACUGAGGAUGCGAGGCAGGGGGCGUGGUGGUUGGGGAAGAGGAAGGGGUAGAAAUAGAGGGAAUUUCAAUGGAGCAGGAGAAUAUAAUGGUGAUGGUUGGGAUGGCGGACGUGGUUAUAGUGGCAGAGGUCAAGGCCGUGGAAGAGGUCGUUUCUUUCAAGGCCGAGGCAGAGGCCGAGGACGUGGAUUUGGUGGUCAGUCGAGUGGAUACUAUGAUUAUGGUGAAUCUGAGGCGCUGCCUGUCCCUGGUCGCGGUUUUGCAGGGCAUGGUCGCUGGAGGGGAAGGGGCCGCAGUGGGGGUCGUGGUUUCAGGUCAGAUGGCCCCAUCCAAGCAUCAGCUGCCUGAGCAGCGUAGAUGAUGUAGGGGUGCAGUUGAAAAGUGGUACAUGGAUGCCUGCUCUGCGUGUGUCUUGGUGAAUAUUUGGUGAUAUUUUAUGGGCAUUGUCUUAAGUUUCAAGUAGUGAAGUUUUGCAGCUAUGGUGCUUGCAGUUUUGUCUUUAUGUAGAUUGAGUAGGAUUAUUUUUGUAGUUAUUGCUGAUCAGGUGUUUAGCAUACCAGCAAAGCUUGUAUAUUUUUUUUAAAAUAUUUUACUUGGUUCCUUUACAGGGAGUGAUAGAGCAGUACAUUCUUUUAUUUUUAAUAACAAAGAUGGAUACUGCAUGUUAAUUUUAA